GGAUUUCUGUGCACCUGUCUACGUCACCGAUCAGGAUGAAUUCACCUGUUUCGGGGUGUGGCCAGAGAUGACUACAGUCCCAGGCGUUAACCAAAGACAGUGUUGAGGCAAACACACGGGACGAAAACGAUGAACAGCUGCGUUUAAGUUCAGAUAAGGAUACAAAAAAAAAACUUUUUUCUUUUAUUGUCAUUCGAGGAGUUUUAUUGCUAUUUAGUUUUUUAUUAUUUGGAGCCGGAGGCUUUGUCUGUGUAACUGCAGCGUUUUGUCAUCAUGCGGAGAUUAGCUGCUGCUAUCCUCCUGCUGUCGCUUCUUAAAGUGUCGGUGUGUAUUCAGGUGAUUGUUCCUCAGCAGGAGCGCAACACAGCACUGUUUGCCUCGGUGAUCCUCCGGUGUGACUAUUCCACCUCUGCAAACCUCCAAGAUGUUCUGGUCACCUGGAGGUUCAAGACCUUUUGCAAGGACCCUGUGCUGGAGUACUACUCCACAGCGUACCAGUCUGCAUUACAGCUGGGGCAGGACCCAUCAAAUGACUGUCCAGAUCGUCAGCGCACAGUGCGCACUGUGAUCCAGAAGAGAGGAAGCAACGAGCCGACGCUGGGUGCAGAAUACCGUGAGCGCAGGAUCACCAUCCAAAAUAAGGCAGACCUGGUGAUCACUGAGGUGAUGUGGUGGGACAAUGGGGUGUACUUCUGCUCUGUCGACGCUGCUGGAGACACCUCAGGAGACUCUGACAAAGAAGUCAAACUCAUCGUUUACCACUGGUUAACAGUGUUGUUCAUCGUCAUCGGAGCCCUCCUUCUCAUCCUCCUCCUCUGUAUCUGCUGCUGCCAGUGCUGCCCUCAGACAUGCUGCUGCUAUGUUCGCUGUCCCUGCUGCCCACAGCAAUGCUGCUGUCCUGAAAAAGCUGUGAUGCAGCAUCGUAUGAUGAAGCAGGCUCAGCAGGCCAUGAAUCCCUGGUUAGGAGGACAGCCGGUAUAUGCACCAAUGACCCACGCCUCCUCCCAAAUGAACCCGAUGCUCUACGGAGGAUCAGGCAAGAGCAUCCCUCUGAAGGCCAUGCCUCUUCCUCCACCCCAGUCUUCAGCUUACAGUAUGCCCCCUCCUGGUAACCAUACCCCUGCCAGCACCAAUCAGAUGCUUGAUUACCUGGAAAACCAGGUUAGGAGUCCUCUGCUACAGUCCCAGCCUCCUCCACACCAGCACAUGCAGCAGAUCCCACCUCCUCCCCAGCACAUGCAGCAGAUCCCACCUCCUCCCCAGCACAUGUACCCCACCACUGUGCCAUUUUCCCCCGGCCCUCCCAGCAUGAUCUCUGCCCUUGACGAUGGCCCAGUGGAGCGUCGCAUCAUUACACUUCCACCUAUAAGAGAGACGCAGCCUGGCAGAAUCCCACCUCCUGCACCCAAGACUCGCCCACCGAGCUCCAGCGAGAGCAGCCGUAGCGGCUUCGGCCGUCGUGAUGACCGAGGAGCAGCGGGCAGGCGUCACCCCUCACCUACUCGCUCUAGAGGCAUUCCCAGAAGCCACAGCCAGGAUUCACUCGAUGGACGGAGUCAUAGCGGGGCACGAGGAGGCAUGGACCGUCCACGCUCCCGUUCCAGGGAUGACCUGUUUGACAGCAAGUCCAGAGGAAAUUACUCUCCGCCAGCAUCAAGGCGCUCAAGAGGAGGGUCCUGGAGCUCAGAUGAUGAGGGCAGCAGCAGGAGAGGAGGAGGGAGGAGAGGAGGUGGAGGUUGGGUUGACAAGCCUCCCAGCUACUCCGAGUAUGAACCUGGACAGAAACCAGGAGCACGGAAGAAUGAACGCUACCCUGACAAGAGUUCUCGUAGUGGCACCAGUGUCGUCAUCUGAACCCUCCGGCUGUGAAAAGCCCUGCGACCUCUGUUUCAGAGAACAUGCACACCUCAUUAGAACUGGGAGCCUUGUUGUCUGGCUACUGGUAAACGUUUAAAUGGAACCAUUUGUAUGUAUUUAAAUGAAGCAUCAACCAACUCUUUUAUUACGUGUUUGACAAGUGAAACACCGGCAAAAGGAUUUAUAAAAUGUGACACUGAAAGAUUCAGAAAUGUCUUAUAUCUUAUAAUGUGUAGGUGGUAAAUGUUUGUUUUUAGAUAUUAGGAAAGAUAAAUAGAUAAGAGAUAUUAUGUAGAUAUCGUAAGAAAAGUCCUAACUGUGACUACUGAACAGAUUCCCCCCUGCUGGAACAUCUGUGAUGAAAAUAUUCUGAAGAAAAGCCUGAGAUCAGUUAGAUUAUUCUCAUAUGUGGCUUUUAGAAUUGAAGUUUCUUAUCUUAAAACUAUUUAUUUAGAAGGUAGCAGAGUUAACACUUAAAGCAAUAAUCAUGAAGUGCAGAAGUAACGAUUACCAGGGCCAGUAAAUAUACAAAUUACCAUUUAAUUAUGAAACUGUUAAUGGUGAAAUUAGUUUUUAGCUUUUUAUAAUUUUUGUAAAUAUUUUUUUUAUAUAUAUAUAACUCCUGGAUCUGUUGAAGUGGCUGUAAUACAUUUGUUUUAUUAAUGUUUUGAAGGAAAAGGUGUAUAUUAGCAUUAGCCUGUGUUCACAUGAGUGUUUUUUAAACCUUUUGUUCACAAGAUAAAUUAUUUACACAUAACUGUAAAUACUAUGUGUAAAUAAUGAUUUUGCAUGGUGUUGAUAAUGAAGUAAUGUCAGCAAUGUUACAAGUUUUUUUCUUUUAAAAUUGUGGUUGUCAGCACAAUAUAAAAACAUAAUACUAUGUGUUUUUUCAGUAUACAAACUUACCUGGUUUCUUUUUUUCCCUUUUUGUUUGUAUCAUGGUAAAUUUCAGACAUGGAAUUAAAUUCGUUGACUCAA